AUGUCGACCCGAUCUAAAGUGUUUUUUGGCGCAUCCAUUGCGUCCGCCGCGGUCAUAUUGCCGUGGGUACACUACUUGCAAAAUCAGCAGAGACUCGAUCUCCGAGACGGAGCGAUUAAAGACUCCGAGCGGCGACGCCAGAAGGAGGCAAGCCGGCAACUGAACCCAGAGCAGAAGGAACGAGAAGACGAAUACGAGCAGCAAAAGGAAUUGCACAAAAUGUAUUCCAAGGAUCAAGAAGUCUCCAAAAUACACGAUCCAUCUCUAAAAUAG